CCUUCCUCUCUCCACUUUUGCCUCUGAGAAUCACAACAGCAUCUUUGAACCUUCAGAUUUUAUACAAGAAUCCAAGGUGCCAGGAAGACAAGCAAUUCUUGGGUUUCAGUCACGUGAUUGUGAUGACGCACGAAGGCGUGGCGAUUUCAGAUGGAGGGCAGGAAGUAAACAUGGAGAAUACGUCUAUGGAGGAAACCGUUGCGGAGAGUCCGUAUUGUACGAAUUUAGAACCAGUUUCAAGAAAUAGAUACAAGGAGUUAGUAAACGCAUAUGUUGGACGUGACCCGUUCCUCAUGAAGAUGAGUGAGUUUUCGGUCGAACUUGAAGAUUUGCCGACAGUGGAGGCUGUUGACAUCACCAACUAUCUGGUCCUUCAGACAUCGUACUACACCAGACAGCAAAUGAAGGCAUAUAAAAGUCUGGAGGCGUACAACUUUUUUGUCAGCGGGUGGGUCCACAACCUCGGUACCAAACGGCUCCACGAUGAUCAUCGUUUGGUCUUCGCUAGGACUGACAAUCGUUUCUCAGAGAUCAGGCGAAACAUCUCUGAAGACCUGGAUUAUUGCGAAGGAGGAUGGAGAAGUCAUUGCAGCUCAUUGCAAUUGCAUGGCAGGACUAUCAGAAUCGUGUUCUCAUGUAGGGGCAGUUCUUUUUCCAUUGAAGUUGGGGUAAAGAUGCGAGAUACAGCUUCCUGCACAACAGAGCAGUGCAAGUGGCUGAUGCCAUCACAUGUAAAAAAGAUUCCUGCUGCUCCAGUAGCUCUGAUCGACUUCUCCUCUGCUAAAGCCAAAAAAAAAAAAAGCUUGACCGUUCUAUUGAUGGCAGGACAACAGAAAACCAGUUAUGGAUGCAAACAUGAAGCACAAGCCAGAGGAGUCUAUGAGAAGCUGAUGGGUCGGGAGCAUGCAGGCUUCUCCUGUAUGGACAGUGGUCUCUGGCUGAACCCCAAGUGGCCAUACAUGGGGUCCUCCCCUGAUGGGAUUGUUGCUUGUGACUGUCACGGAACUGGCAUCUGCGAGAUUAAGUGUCCACACUCUCACCAAGAUGAAGCCAAUCUGCGCUUGUGUGCUGGGGAAAAGGGCUUCUGCCUCAUCAAUGAUGGGGAUAAUGUCAUGCUGGACCGGACUCAUGACUACUACUACCAAAGUUCAUUUUUGUUGAAAGGAUUUUGCCCGAUCUUGAACUUUGGGAUGAUGUUAUCCCUAAAGUUGAGUGCUUUUUUAGAAACGGUAUACUUCCAGAAAUACUGGGACAGCAAGUUACAAACUCACAUGUGUAAUGUAAUGAAAGGAUCCAGGCACUCUUGAAAGUGGGCUGUGUGAUAUUGCUGUUAUAUCAAUACGGUUGUAUGAGACAAGAUUACAUUUUGACUAUUGUUAUGAGUGUGGUCUUUGUGAGUUCUGGCUGUUGUAUAAUUUAAAUGAAAAGAUUAAAUGCCAUUGAGAAGACGGAAUUAUACAUGGUGGUUUAUUUACAAGAUUAGAUUUGUCAACAAUUGUUAUAAUAACAAGAACAUGGUGUGCAAUAACAGAUUAGAAUCCAUUUCAUUACAUAUAAUACAUAUAGCCAGUACAAUUGGACUAGUGGAUAAAAGUAUUACACCUGUUGAAAACAUAUUAACAGACUGAUAUGUGUCGGGGCUCAGGUACUACUACUCCCUGUCCUCUUACU